UUUGGGGUAUUUCCCAAAUCACAAAAUAAAAACCCUAGCCCUCUCUAAAACCCUUGGCAGCAAAAAUCGUGGCAGAAAUGGAAGAGAUAACGGAAGGAGUGAACAAUAUUAAUAUUACUGAAACCCAGAAGAAGAACCGAAUUCAGGUCUCCAAUACAAAGAAGCCGCUUUUCUUUUACGUUAAUCUCGCUAAGAGGUAUAUGCAACAACACAAUGAGGUGGAGCUUUCAGGACUUGGCAUGGCAAUCUCAACAGUUGUUUCAGUUGCUGAAAUUCUGAAGAACAAUGGAUUUGCUGUUGAGAAGAAAAUCAUGACAUCCACUGUGGAGAUAAAGGAUGAUUCUCGUGGAAGGCCUGUCCAAAAAGCCAAGAUUGAAGUAGUACUUGGGAAAACAGCAAAUUUUGAUGACUUAAUGGCUGCGGCCCAAGAGGCCAGGGAGAAUGGAAAUGGUGAGGAAUAAACAUGGAUCCAAGUUGAUGUUUGAAGCAGUCUUUGAUUAUUAUGCCUACUGUUAUGGAUGUUGAGUGAGUUUGAGUGGUGUAAAAUGGCACAAGAGAAAAUUUGAAUAGUGGGUAUGUGGCUUCACGUUUUGUAACAAAUUUUUUCUUGGAUGUGUGGUGGUUUAAGGCUUUCUUUAGGUGUAGCUAUUCUUUUAAUGUUGUUCAUUAACACUUUUAACAAAAUCCUGAUGAAAUUAUGUUUUGUUACUUGUUCUGCGA